AUGGGCGCUGUCAAUUCGAUAAUGCAAUGCUUCCCGUCACGACCUACUCAAAACCAAGCACCACCCACCCGCAAGACAGAAGACAUCGCCUCCGAUAUCAUCACAAUCAUUCUAACCACCGACUCGCACUAUGCCAUCAAAAAACGUCUCGACGAGACCAUCAGCACAACCAGUUGGACCGCAUCGCUAGCCCAAGCCAUCCUCCACGGGCUCGAGACUGCCAUCAAAGCCGGCGCGCAGAUGGCCGAAGCAGCGUCCAAGGCACUUGCUCGGGCUACAGAUGAGGCUUAUGAGUUCUCUCGUGAACAUCCUAUUUUCGCUACUAUUCUUGCUUUGAGUGUUUUGGCCAUUUUGACUCCGUGGGUUAUUGAGAUCUUGGGAUUUGGGGAAUUGGGACCUAUUGAGGGGUCGUUUGCUGCUGCUUGGCAGAGGACCUAUGCUGGAUAUGUGCCUAAGGAGUCUCUGUUUUCUUUCUUUCAGCGGUUGGGGAUGGUCUGGAAACCUUAG